AUGCAUGAGAGCGGGAAAUUCCAGCUGCUUGCCCACGACACUGCCAUGGACAAAUACAAAAUUCGUAUUACCACCGUGGACCAACAUGUCGAGCUCGUUGAAAUAGAACGAGACAAGACUGUAUUGGACCUGAAGACACAAAUUGUUGACUCAUUCGCCGCACCGGUCGACAGCCAAAAGUUGAUUUUUUGCGGUCGCGUUUUGAGCGAUACAACUUGCUUGCGCGACUUGUUGCAUGACCAGAAUGAUCUUGUCACGUUUCAUUUGGCAUUUACUGUAGCACCCGAUGCCCGUCGCAGCUCCACGAAUGCUGCUGCGUCGUCAUUGCGUUUACGUGGACACGAAGGGCUUGGACGCGAAAGUGAGUCGUCCAAUAUCGAUGCCUCGUCUUCCAGCUCGACUGCCUUCACUUCGGGCCAUGCAUUGUUUCCCCCAGUCUCUGAGAACGGGGACCACGGCACGUUUGAGAGCGUUGUCCUAUCCAGCAGAACGAUGAGCGAAACGAACAUUCUUGGAAUGGGUUCGCCAACACAGUCUGUUAACGUUGUACCGAGCGGCAUGAAUACUGCAGACAAUAACGAAAACCAUGCGAAUGAAGCAUCUCCCAUGCCUUUGCCUGAGGAUAAUAGUAAUGUUGAGACUGAGCAUACUCACGAUAACUCCAGUAACACGAACAGUAGCAACACUGCCAGUGCUACUGCUACUGCUACUGCUACUGCUACUGCUACUGCUGCUGGAGUUGCUAAUGCCACAACGAACGCUUCGUCACCAGCAUCGAUUCCACUUCCCAUUUACUACCAAGUUGUCCUUCUCAAUAACGUUCCCUACUUGCAGCGACUUACGUCUCCACCGACAAAUGUUGUCGACGGACGGGUCGCAAGCGAACCUUCAAAUGAGACAACUGAGACCGUUCAUUUCCCCAUGAGUCAAGUGCGUUCCAUGGUGAAUGCCGACACGGGAGAACGUGUCUUGCUUGUAUCACCACAGGCGAGUGCGAUGCUUUCUUCUCGUGGUUACGUUUUGCCUCCAGUACCGGAGCGACGUUUGCUUUCGCAAGUCGUGCUACGUUUUCUGAGACGACAUGUGGCUCAAGUACGACUAUUUUAUAGAAUUUUCUUCUUUUGGUGCUUUCUUUCUUUUAAUCGCUCUAUUACUCAAAAGGUCAUUCUUGCCGUUGUGGGAAUGGCCAUAUUUAUCGUACAGUCUGGCAUUUUUACCUACCUUACCUGGCACCGGCGGCCCGUCCAGACGUUCAUGCGUCGCAUCCGUCAAGUCCAAGAGGAAUACCGCCGGCAGCCUCAACGUCGUCCUCCUCAAACAGUCGGUGAAGUUGUUCCGGCCACAGCUUUAGCAGCACAACCAAAUAAUGAUGAACAACAACAUCCACGGACGCCGUCCACGGCCGCUGAUUCAGCAUCCUCUGCUACAGAAGCUGCGGUCCCUGCUGCGGACGCAUCUCCCGCCUUGGGAAAUGGCAGCGACGCUCCUCACGCAGCAACAAAUGAUGGACAGCCUGGUCAUCCCAUUCCUGCUGCAGCCAACACAUCGCCGGUGCAGCGUUUGGGCCAGCGCAUCUGGCGUACUAUGAUUGCUUUCGCUUCAAGUUUUGUACCUAGAGGGUAAAAACGAUGACAUCGUUGCUAUGAAUGCAUACACGCACACUCAAUGAAUUGUGUCCUCAACUGUGGUCUUGCCGAUAUAGACAAAUUCACUCAGCUAUCAAACCUUUCUACCGAAAUAUUUCUGACUCCCUCCUCUCCUACUUUCUCUUCUUCUUCUCAAUGUUCAUCAUCAAUUCAUUUCGUGUCGUAAAGAGUGUUACAGGAACGAAUUGCACCGCAUAAUAAUUAUGCUCUCGUUCCAUACCCAGUCUAAUUUAAUUCAGUAUUUCCAAAGGUGCCCGGUGUCGGUCUUUUGUUGCGCCAGCGCUUAUUGGGAUGCUACCACACCGCAGAAAAUUGACUCAAUCGGAAAUUCAGAUAGUUGUCCUUCUUGAAAACAGGACGAGAUACUUUUGAAUAAUUCGGCGGAUCUGUUUUGUGACUCGGACCACGUCCAGCUGUGUUGCCCGUUAACGGGCACAAUCAACGGAGCAUCCUCAGCCUUUUCAAGUUGAAGAGCAGGCAGUCGACGCAUAUUCCGGCGAAGAUACUGCCAUUCUGAAGCGACAACGUGUGCCGAAAGCUCAUUCUCUCUGUUCUCUUCAAGACUGCCACUGCGAUCUCUCCAGUUAUUGUCAGUGUCAUCAUCAAGUAGAGCUGGUUGCAGGGAUACGAAUCCUAACAAACGUUCGAGUUCGAGAAUAAACGGGCGUGCCUCGUUAAACACAGAACCCGCAGGGAAUUGGGAUGGCGUUACGGCUGGUACACCUAGUUGUUGCCCUUGUUCCUGUAGUCUGUCGAUAAAGUCGGGCUGACUGAGACGCAGCAUUACGUACUGUUGCAAACGAUAAAAAGCAUCCGGUGCAAACAGAGCGAUCCGCGAAUUAAAUUCCUGUGUCAAGACGAACGGCAUGUCGUUUAUUGGCGUUGCCAUUGUGGGAAGAAUAGCGAGCACAUUUGCCUUGUACGGACGAGAAUGCUCGCGAUAAAAUGUGUGUAGCACAGCAUACCGCAGCCAGGCCAUCCACACAGGCGACAACAUCUGCAUCUCCUGUUCAUCACCGCUACCAGCGUCGGUAGCGAGCAAGUCGAUGACAAUUGCGUACGUGUAUGGGUCCGGUGGAAUCCAGGCUUCUACGAGCAUCGGUGUUGAGUUUUGUGUGUACCAGCGGACAGAAAGACGAUCGCGGGGCCAGGCGUUGCCGGCGUACAGAUUCGUCAGAUGAGGCAGACGCUCGUCGCAGCGAAUGAACAUGAACAAACGCGGCAAAUCAUUAGAAGGCGAAUGCAGCGUGCUCCUCAGCAUCCGCAGCAUUCGGUCGAGAAGCUUGUACGCACCCAUCUCCACAAACAAAACAACCUCGAACCGUGGGAUUCUGUACUCGGCAAGUGCAUGCAGAUCUAGCUCAGCAAGCCAUAACGAGUCGUGGACAUUGCGAGUGUCAAUUGGGAUGUGAGCAAAGUACUGCUUAUCGAGGAAACGUUUUAGGGCUUCUACUGUCGCAGGGGACGCAUACUGGGACGUAACAAUGACACGCGGUACGGAUUCCAUGAUCGCAUUUUGCACCUCAGCCUCGAGAAGAAUACGAGUCGUUCGCACCGCGACGUCGUCACGAAGAUUACGAAGUCGCGCGCUAAUUCCCCGUCCAUCACCAUACCAGGAAGGUUUCAAGACAAACUGGACAGGACACGCAUCCACGGUCUCGCGGUUGGCCUCAAACAGAAACAAAGAUGCGACAUCGUGCUCGCCGAUAAUGGCAAAAUUAACCAAUAUAGCUUGCGUGCUGGCCAUGCGACACGCCAAUUCGAACAGACUGUGGGUGUCGGCAUCUAUGCCGUAGCUCACGAACAAUACGGUGUUUUGAACAUCGUCGUGAUGCAAUUCGUUGAGGAACGCAUCCGUUGACGCUUUGAGUCUUCGCACCGACCGUGGCAGCCCGACUACAUCUUCUGAUUCAGAGGGUGCUGCACCGGACCAAGCGGUAGGGGGCGGGAAGAGCUGUUUUGGUGAGGAAGCCUGCUGCACGCGGUUCGUCACCAGCCAAAAGGCCGUAAGCGCCAGGGUCAACUGGAGCAAUCGUCGGACACUGCGUCGCCGAAACAACAACUUCAUGAAUUUUAUCAAGUCGUCGAAGGAUUGAGAUUUCCGGAUGUGUGCGUGAGCGAAUAAAAAAAUUCCAGUAGAAGGCUGGAAGGGAUGCAGAGCCCAGGCGAAGGAGGGAAUGUGCUUGGGCGGGGCAGGACGAGUAAGGCGGACUGAGGAAUA